GAGAAAUGAUGGGGUUGCAAAGUUGUGAGAUGCGAAAAAUCAAGGACAAUUAAUGGAUCAUACGUUUUGUUCCGAAACAUUUUUGUAUGCUCAGAUGAGCCGGAUAGUUUUUCAUUAGUCAUAGAUGCGUUGGUUUUGUCGAUUACGCAGUUCGUCACCUUAUAUACAAUUGGUAACUAUUUGACUUCCUCGUCUUGCUCUGACAAUGGUUUUCGUCACUGUCAGGCUCUUUGACGCUUCAGGCAGUUACGCCAGCCAAGAGCAGCAGGAGCGUUUGAGCGAUAAAGGGUACAAAACUCGACCCUUUGACCGCAGAAUGGACGAGGUUGAUUAUCGCUGGGAGUCCUUCUGGAAUGGGCACGGGCACUGUUCCAAACCCAAGUUCAACACCAGCGUGAAAAAGUGGACGAUUGAAAUUUGUGGGCUCAACGAGAGGUUUGCUGCCAGUUUUCUGAGUAAGUUUGACCCCGCCCCCCGAUACCCACGCGUCCCACUCAAGUCUGCGGACGAGCUGAGCUACUACAUCACCAUUACCACGGACCCUAAUUUAGCAAGGGAUGGGGACACCAUGCCCAUUUCUGUGGCUUCCCACUACAUAAACCGACUCGAGGGGACAGGUCUAAAAUGCAUCUACGUCAAGCACAUCAGCUCGGACUCUGACCAUCCCAAUCAAUCACAAGCCAUGAUCUGGACGCUGACCGAGUACAACAGGCCUUAACUCUAGUCUAUUGCAGAUGCCGAAACGAGGAUCUAUCGACACAUGUACUAUAUAAUUUUAGAUAAUUUUUCAUUUACAAUUUUUAGUACUACUUUUGUAUAUUUUUCUUACUUGUAAUAUUUGUAUUUGUCAAAACAAACAUAUUUAUUUGCGUUCCUUAAAAUGGGGCAUGUGACAAUCCUGUGACACAAGGGAGACUAACCCAUAAAUUUCAGAGGUUAGAUUCGAAUAGAUUGAGACGAGCUUCCAUAACAUUUGGACGCCUUUAUGUGACCUUUCCAUUAUCUAUAAAAGACGAUGUCAAUAUAUAUUUCAACAAACUACAAUGCGCUUAUACACUUUGCACUACAUGUUGCAGUUAAAGCGCAUUUAUGUAUUUAUUCUUAAUUAUGUAUAUCUUUGCCUGCCCAAUCCGAAGAAAAAUACGUGUAUGUAUGCGUUGGACACAUAUGCGGCUAUACAUAUAAUCAAUAAUUUAUUGUCUAAAUAGUUAAAUAAAAUGUGAUGAUGCAUCCAAUUUUUAUUGAUCGGUAUUCAAAGUUUGUUUCUUCUGUAUACAAAACAACUAAGUCUACUCGUUGCCAAAUUAUUUUAUAUUUUACAUUUAAAUUAACAAAGAUAAUAAAACUCCUGCAUCACAGA